AUGCAUAAGUACCCAGAACUUCAAAGAAUAUUAUUCUCUGAUAUUAACUUUGUAGAUUUGAAAUUUGAAAUCAUCGAAGCCAAGGACAAACAAGAAUUGAAUGCUAUAAAACAGAAAGUGGUCCAUAUAGAUCAGGAUGCAUUAGGAUUAGAUAAUACCUCGUACGAGAAACGAAGAAUCAAGGACCAAGUUGCCAAUUUGCAUAAAUUAGUUGACCUGAAAUUGAACUCUGUGGAUGUGAAAAGAUUUACCUUCAGAAAUGAACCCAUCCCGAACCCAUCCCCACAAAUAGUACACAAACACCACCAACAGCCGAAUUCUCAAAUUGCUCAACCGAAUAAUACAUUGGCUACACCAUUAGUAUCGGGUAUUCAAGGAGUGAAAUAUACCGUCAAUUCAACAAACAGCCAUUUAUUGAUAGCCGAUAUCUCGAAAUCAAUAGUGAUUACCGGAUCGACUCCUUCGUCAAUAAACAUCCACAACGGGUCCCAUUCCAUUUUGCAAUUGAAUUGCAAUGGGCCAAUAUUUUUACACGACUUACAGCAUACGAUUAUAAUCUUACAAUGCCAUCAAUUGAGGUUACAUAAUAUCGUUAACUCCACUAUACUCGUAGACGUUUCUAACGAUAAAAUAAUAAUUGAAAAUUGCUCUAACUUGAGUGUUGGAAAUCAUCCGAGUCUAGAUCUGACUAUGUGUCGUCCAAUACAAGUCGACGAUUUCAAUCAACCUACAGCUCGUCAAAAUAGCCACUAUUCAAAAGUAGAUACUCAUGCCGAUUUAACCUGGAUACAAGGCGUGAAUGAUGGAGCCUUACAGCCACAAGUGAUAAGGCUAUUACCUUAG